AUGAAACGCAGUGUUUAUAAGAGCGGUACAAGAAAAGUCAUAUUUAAAGUGUUUCAAGAGUGUAUGGCCGAAUUUCAGGCGGGAAAGUUUCUUUCCGAUUUAAGUGAUGUUUACGGUCGAACAGCAAAGAUAACUGGUGUUUCUGAAAGCAUAAUUCGGCACAUAGUGGACGACGAUGUAUAUUUUGCCCGUGGAGGAUCUCUAUAUAAUGAUAUAGACAAACUUGUCAUCUCAGUAAGCGAUGAUAGUCCCAGUCAAUCUGAAAAGUCAGAAAUGGACCAAUUUAAUUACGCAAGAGCUUCAGGCAACAUUUCGGGAAUUGAAUACCUCGACUCAGGUUAUUUGGACUCAGAUUAA